AUGAAUCCGAAUGAGGCUUAUCGCUUUUUCACUCAGCUCCUCGACGGUAUACAGUACCUCCAUCAAAAGGGCAUCGUGCAUCGAGAUAUCAAGCCGGAAAAUCUACUUAUCGACUCUAAAGAUAAUCUCAAAAUAUCUGAUUUCGGUUUUGCUACCCUGUUUCGUCAUCGUGGCCAAGAGCGCGCCCUCGACCAGAAGUGUGGUUCAUUUCCCUAUAUGGCGCCUGAAGUGUUUUCUCGCCUUCACCACAAGGCCGAGCCGAUUGAUGUUUGGAGUUGUGGAAUUGUUCUGGUCACAAUGCUCUCUGGCAGACUUCCUUGGGACAAAGCUGUUCCUGAGCUUAACAUGGACUACAAAAAGUGGGCUUUAGGCAAAGUUAUGGUUUCAUCUGAUCCUUGGAAACGAAUUGACAAUGUGGCUCUUUCUCUUCUUAAAUGCAUUCUUGAGCCAACCGUUUCUAAGCGCUACACAAUUAAAGAUAUUCGAGAGCAUCGGUAUUUCAACAAAAAUGCCGUCGUUCGCGAGUAUACGCCCGAUUUUCGCGUUAUCAAACGCCAGUGCAACGGGUUCCAUUCACAGCCUACCCUCAAACUACGCAACAAAAGCUCUUCCCAAGUUUACCGCCUGAAUAGCUCUGUGGAUGAUGCUAACGAAGCUUUAGAUGAUUUUCUCAGUACUCCGCUUCAUGGCUUCAACACGUACUCACAGCCAAUCAACAUUGAUGACAUGUUUGUCAGUACUCAAACUCAAAUGGAAAUAAUGAACUCCGAGUUGGAAAAUGUUGAAAACAGCAGCAACAAUACUCAGCCUGGAACUCGACUGUACAUGAGACUUGUGCGUCGCUUGACUCGAUUCAUCACCAAGCUCAACUUUGCCGAGACAAUGCAUUCGCUGUCUGAUACGUUUAAAAGCUUCAAGAGUUACAAUUUCAAGAAGAGCUUUCAAGGACAGUUUGCAAUCACUACUAAUGAUAAGAAUCGUCACCCUCUCUCGUUCAAGGUGACUGUUACCGAAAAUGAUAAAGGAAAAACUCUGGUCGACUUUCGACUGUCAAAGGGUGAUGGAAUUGAGUUCAAGCGUCAAUUUCUGGCCAUAAAGAAUCUCCUCACUCCAAUCAUUGAGCAGCCAUAG